AUGACUUAUAUUAUAACUCUAACAAAUCUUAGUAAAGAGGUGGAAAACCAUCAUCACAUCGACGGCGACGAGGAGAAGGAGGAGGAGGACUGGAGGAGGACUUUGAGAUGGGGCCCGCCGCUGUACAGGCUCCCAGGGAGGGUAUUCAAGAUGCUCUACGCCCACCAGCACGAUGGGCUCAGUUGGCUCUGGUCGCUGCACUGCAGGGGAACCGGCGGGAUCCUAGGGGACGACAUGGGACUCGGCAAGACCAUGCAGAAAAUGUGGGCGAUUUUCAAUUUCUGUUGCCCGGAAGCCAUGGGUGAUGAGGAAGAGUUCAGAACAAGGUAUCAACGGCCUAUCAGUCGAGGAAAUGACAAGACCGCAAGCAAUCGAGAGAAGCACAUACGCUCAAAUGCAGCGAAGGAAUUAAGAGAACGGAUAAAGCCAAAUUUCUUGCGACGCAUGAAAAGUGAAGUGUCCCUUGAGACUGGGUUGACAGAUGAUAAAAAGCUUCCAAAGAAGGAUGAGCUAAUUAUCUGGCUGAAAUUAACAGAUUGCCAGAGACGUCUAUAUGAAGCUUUUCUGAACAGUGAGCUAGUUCAAUUUGAAUCGGAAGGAAAUCCCUUGGCUGCUCUUAAUGUAUUGAAAAAAAUAUGUGAUCACCCACUGAUAUGCACUCAGAGAGCUGCUGGGGACAUCUUGGAAGGCAUGGAUGGAGAUUUUAGUACUCAGGAUAUAGUGAUGGUUGAAAAAAUGGCCAUGAACCUCGCAGAUAUGGCUCAUGAUGAUGAUGCAGUACAGUUCAGUCAGGAAGUCUCAUGCAAGUUAUCUUUUAUCCUGUCUUUGUUGCCGAAUCUUCUUGAAGAGGGCCACAAUGUUCUGAUAUUUUCUCAGACUUGUAAAAUGCUAAACCUUAUUCAGGAAGCUAUAAUAUUAGAGGGCUACGACUUUUCUCGCAUGGAUGGUGGCAUCACUGAUAUUUCCGAGAGGGAAAGGAUUGUGAAGGAUUUUCAAGAGGGCUACGGAGGUCAAAUAUUUUUACUGACCACAAAGGUCGGUGGUCUUGGACUUACACUCACCAAGGCAGCUCGUGUCAUACUAGUCGAUCCUGCUUGGAAUCCAAGUACGGAUAAUCAGAGCGUUGAUUGGGUUGAUCGAAUUGGACAGACCAAAGAAGUGAUUGUGUACCGCUUAAUGACCUCUGCAACUGUCGAAGAAAAGAUGUAUAAAUCGCAGGUCCUCAAGGGUGGUUUGUUUAGGGCAGCCACGGAGAAGAAAGAACAGAGACGUUACUUCAGCCAGAGCGACCUUUGGGAGCUUUUCAGUAUGCCGGAACAAGGUUUUGAUGUUUCCCUCACGCAGAAACAACUGCAAGAAGAGCAUGGACAGCAGCUUGACAUGGACGAGUCGUUGCGGGAGCACAUCCAGUUUCUGGAGAAGCAAGGAAUAGCAGGUGUGAGCCAUCACAGCCUCCUAUUUUCAGAAACAGAAAUCUUGCCGAUGUUGAGUGAGAACGAUGCUCCGGGCAGGGGUGCCCAUGGUAAGCCGAAGGUCGAGGGCGUCACUGCUAGAACACACUUGGCAGGCAAGAACACAGAUUCAGAUAUCCCUGAAGAAAUCAACUGGCUGUCGGAAACCCUCGCGAGCACGACGCUGGAGCCGAGCCUGCCUCAGUGUGGAGACGGGACACAUGGUUUGGAUGACAAAAGCUGGCGCCUAACACGGUCCCUCGCGCGCCGCAACCCUAGUCUGCCGCCGCGCCUUCCCUCCUCCCGCGCCGCUGAUCUCCGCUGCCGCCGCGCCCUCCCUUCAGCGCCGCUGCCCUGA